AUGUUAAGAAAACAAUGGCUGGACGAUGCAAUGAAAAAUGACCACAUAAGGUCAAUAAAAUUCGAUGAUUUUUAUGAUCUUAGUUCCGUUGCGCGAGGUGCAUUCGGUGUGGUUUGGAAGGCAUCCUGGAAAAAUGGCGAAAAGUAUGUUGCUUUAAAAACUCUACUUGAUAAUCCCGCUGCCGGAGCUGAAGAAUCAUUCGAAAAUUUUGUUCGUGAGCUCAAAUUUAUCAGACAUUUAGAUUUCUGCGAUUAUAUUAUUCGAUUUUAUGGUAUUAGUUAUGAUCCAACUACAUCUCGAUAUUACAUGGUAAUGCAGUAUGCUGAUGGUGGAAAUCUUAGAGAUUUCCUUCAUCUGAAUGUAAUAGAAAUAGCUGGUAAAGUGGUUAAAUUUGAAAGAGAACUUCCAAUUCUUGGGACACCAACUGAAUAUCAAGAACUUUAUCAAGAAGCUUGGAGACAUGAUCCGCAAAAACGUCCGGAUCUCGAUAAUAUUCGUAAAAGACUUGAUAAUAUGUUAUGGGCACAGAAUGUAGAUCCCUCGCGCCAGACUUGUCUAGAUGCGCUAAAGGUCACUGUUAACCAAAAACCUGUAAAUGUAAAUCAAAACAAUGGUACUCCAAUUGUGCCACCAUUAAGUCAAAUUAAUGCGAAUAUGGCUGGAAUAUCUAUAAAUAAUCAAAAUCGAUUGGGCAUGAAUAAUAACAUUAAUGCACAUAGACCACCUGAACGACCGGGACCGGGAACAAAUUUAAAUCAUUUAAAUAAUUUUGAUCAGAUGAACAAUCAACCUAAUCCCCAAAUGCGUUUUGUUGGUCAACCUCCAACGCCAGUUGCCAAUCAAAAUCCGAAUUUUGUUGGCCGAAUGCCAACUAAUAAUCCUCAAAACCCGAACUUUCCCAGUCAAAUUCCAAGUAAUGUUCCGAGCUUUGUAAGACCAAACCCAAUACCUGCUCAGAGAAUUCCAGGUCAAAAUCCAAUACCAGCUAAUGGUAUGGUUCAGAACUUUAACAACCAAACUACAACGCCGGUUAAUAAUUUUGCUGAUAAAAAACAUUUACCGAAUGCUUUUGGACAAUACCAAGUGCCUACUUUUACUCGACCACCGCAACAACCAAUUGUUAAUAACUUGGGUCCAAAUUUUGUCCAACGACCAAUUAUUGAUAACCGACCACUAACUUUUCCACAGAUAAAUCAAAAUCCCGUUACUCAUAAUAUUCCUCCUACGCAUUCUGCUCCGGUUCUACAUAUGGGAAAUCAACAAUUCUCUAACAUUCAUCAAAAUGGAGGUCAACAAAUCAACCAAGGAAUUAAUACACCAUUUGGCCCAAAUAUCAGAACUUUUCCAGGUGGAAAUCCAACCGGAAAUGCGCAAAGAAUAAAUCCACAAAUUCAACCAAAUACACUUACUCAACCUAUCCAAAAUAUUUCUCCAAGGAUUUCUCCAAGAAUUUCUCCAAACAUUCUUCCUCGAAACGGUGUUAGUCCACAUAUAGCUACAAACGUCAUACCAAAUGGUGUUUCAAAUAUUAAUCUAAACUCUAGUGGACAAAAUGCACCAGGUUUCCAAGAACAUCGUGUUAAUAACAAAAUAUCACCGAAUCCUGUUGUACAAAAUGCGCCAGGUUUCCCAACUCCACCAAAUUCUGGUGGACCAAAUGUACAACGUCAUCAAAGUCCUACUACGGCACCAAAUUCCGGUGUGCAAACACCGCAAUCUUUAAGUUUAAAUUUUGGUGCUCCCUCUCCCGAUGGUAAUACUACCUCUAUUACCAGCAUUAUUGAAUGUCCGCAAAUAAAGCAAUGUCAUGAUGUUAAAGAAAGAUAUAGGAAAGAUUAUGGAACUGUUCUAGGCUAUGAAGAUUCCAAGGAAUGUCACGCCGGCUUUCACGCAGGAUUUGGUGACGUUGAGGGAUUGCGUCAUCAUUUCAUCCAUGGUGCAAAAGUUAAUGGAAUCUCUCGUUUCUUAAAUACCAGGGAACAUCUAGUAAUAGUCGCCGCAAAAUAUUGUAGUAGAAGAAAACUGAUCGAAAUAUUUAAAGUUUUAAAAGAAUAUAAAGCGAACUUCAGAUGUGCUUCAAAUAUCAGUGGAAAAACGGCAUUACAUCAUUUAUAUGAGAACCAAUCUUUAACCAGAGAUAUCAAUGAUCCUAAAGGAUUACAAAAGUUUCAUAAAUAUAUGAAAGAAGCAAUAGAGUUUUUAGUAGCUAAUGGAUGUAAUAUUAAUGCUAUGGACAAUAGUAGACAAACAAUAUUAUCAUACUAUUUAUGUGAUAAAUUUAGACACAGAGAAUUCGCACCAAUUGUUAUAAUGUUACUAAAAAACGGGGCAGACCCAAAUAUUCCGUUAAAAACCACGGUAUUACAGCCAUAUAAUGCACCGAAUGCAUUGUAUUUAGCUGUAAAAAUUGGGUGGCCAAUUGAGGUUCUUGAUGUACUGUUGAGCAAAGGAGCAAGAGGUGACGUAAAAGAUGAGAAUGGUGAUAAUCUAUUAGUAUUAGCUGCUAGAGAAAAACAAUCCGCUACAAUUGAUUGGAUAUUAGAGACAAUUCCUGAAGCUAGUACUAGAGAUUGUAUAGAAGCUGCUAUGAAACUCUCGGAUAAAAAAGACAGAAGUAAACUUUCUAAAUGGAAAGGAUCUGAAGGAGCGAGUAGACGACGUCUUGUUCAAGAAAAUUUAGAACUUAAGAGGCAGUUGAGAACGGAAACUGAAUCUACAAAAGAAACGAACUAUGAAAGUCCAUCUGAUUAA